CCCAAGAAGAAAGUGGCCAGUUUUCGACAGUCGGUUGCACAGGUCAAAACUCCUUCCGUGAACAAAUUGUAUUACCGGUAUUGUUAAAUAUACGUACCUACGACAGUGUUUUUGUUUUACGUACACACUUUCCAACUAUUGCGACAAACUGUUGCGUUCCGUGCGAUGCUCUCUUUGCUUUAAACCUUUUAAUACAUUUUUUUCAAAUAAUAUUUUGUUUUGAAAAUUAUGCAUUUAAGAAAUAUCUAAAAUUGAUUUGACAAAUCAUUGGAUACAUACCAUGGCCGGGCCAAAACAACUCCUACAAGUCUGCUUGGUGAUCACGUUCACGGUCAGUGCGCUGGGUUUGAGAAAUGUCGACCAAACUAGACUUAUAGCAGACAGGCCAAAAAACCAAAAGCCCACAUCGUGGGACCAAAAUUCUAACUUAUGGAAAAACAAACAACAAAGUUCUGUUCCACCAUAUGCCGUAAAAAUGGAGCCCAUGGUGCAUUACUCGCAACAAGAUCCACUCUACUUAAAUACAAAUCAUUCGGCCACAUCAAAAAUCGACUUUGAUAGUCACGCAAGUGGUUCUGAAUUUGGUAUUUCGUCGAAUUACGGUCCACCUAACCCAGUGUAUGGUGUACCGUAUCAACCAGACUAUUACAAGGAACCGGAACCAAUUAUUGAAAUUAUUAUAAAAGAAUCUAACGAGUCACUUCCAGCGCCACCAACACCGCCACCCGUUCCUGUAACAAAACCGCAGAAAGAACCUGUUCAAGUUUUUUACGUAAAAUAUAAAAAAAAUCCGAAUUCAUAUGGUGAUAAAGAAGACAUUAUAUACGAACCACCUGUGCCUGCAAUAACGCCUAGUACCGAGGCCGUCAGUGAAAGUGAAACAGUAAUCUCUACGGAAUCGUCUCCUCUUUAUAAUUACGUUACGGGACCUCCGGCUCCCAGUACUACGUAUAGAACAAUUAUAAAACCAGAUUCUGAAAUUUACCAUGGAACGGGACUUAAAGUAACGUUUGGAAAGACUGAAUCAGACUGGAGCCCGUCAAUAAAUGAAGCACAAAAGAGAGACUCUAUUAGUGAAGCAAGUGAAAUUCAAAAUAAAGUAAAAAAAUCGACUGAUCAAGAGUUUAAAAGAAGCUUUGUUCAACCCACGUCCGACUAUCAACGAAGUAACAAUAACUUUGAAACGCCACUUAUCACUAAUCAACCUCAAUUUAAUGGAUUUAAUACUCCAAAGCCAAAUAUUGACCAUACGCAACAGCAGUUACGAAAACCUAGUCAGUCGGUACAAAACUACUUCCGAGAGGAUAAUCCUAGGCCAAACUUCCAAAGUCAAAUACCAAUCAUAAAUCAACAAUUUAAACCUCAACAAAAUAAUUUCGAAGGGAUUGUUGAACAAAGACCAAUUGAAUUCAAAGAUAAUUUCCGGAAUCAACAAAAUUACCAACAAUCUAAUAAUCAGCCAAAUUUUCAACAGUUAGCAAAUCCAUCAAAUAUUCAACAAUUUACUAAUCAACAAAAUCAUCAGCAAUUAAGUAACUCACCAAAUCUUCAACAACCAAAUAAUCUUCAAUAUCAUCAACAACCAAAUAAUCCACAACAUCAUCAACAACCACAUAAUCCACAACAUCAUCAACAACCAAAUAACCCACAACAUCAUCAACAACCAAAUAAUCCACAACAUCAUCAACAACCAAAUAAUCCACAGUAUCACCAACAAUUAAAUAAUCAACAAAUUCAACAAAACCAUCAACAAUUUAAUAAUCAACAAAAUCGUCCACAAUUAAUUAAUCAACAAUUUAAUAAUCAACAAAAUCAUCAACAGUUCAUAAAUCUACCAAGAUUACCGUCAGAUUUCCAACCAAAUCCACCACACAGAAAUACAGGUAAUUUCCAAGAAAGACCUGUACAAAUAAAAACAAAUAAUGAACGACCAUUUAUAAAUAAGCCUUUUGAAAGUCGUCCACCUUUGAGUAAACCAUUUGAAAGCCGACCUUUUGAUAGCAAGCCAUUUGAAAGUCGUCCUAUCCAAGACAGUCAUUUUGAAAAUCGGCCAAUAUUUGACAGACCUUUCGAAAAUAAUCGACCAAUUCAGAGCAGACCAUUUGAUAAUAGACAAAAUCAAGCUACAGUUAAUUACAGACCAAACAAGCCCCCAACACCACAUAAUAUACCCAUAAAUCCCAAUCCAUCGUUUGUACCAGUGGAUAAACGACCGAACAAUCCAUUACCACCUCAACCGUCCAAUUUUAACACUCAUCCAACCGGUACAAAACACUCAGUUGAUUUAGCUUUUUCCCCACAACAACAACAGCAACAGCAUCAACAAUUUCAACAACAACAAUUUCAACAACAACAGUUGCAACAACAACAGUUUAGGCCCACCGAGACGCGUCCACUAGUCAACAACAAUCCAACGUCGUUCCAACAACAGCCAAUAAUUAAGCAACAACAAUUUUCACCGGAAAUAAAACCUCAAAUUUCACAAUAUCAAACAGUUAAGCAACAACAAUUUAUUCCUGAAUUAAAACCAUCAGAAAUUCCACAGCUUCAAAUCACUCCAUCGCAAAGUUAUGAAAUCGAGCCAAAACAACAGCCAGCACAAUCUGGCCAAUUUGUUGAAACAUAUAAUAGGUAUCAACCAUCAACACAAACAGAACAAAAUUAUUUUAGACCCGAUAAUAGCCCAUGGCAAGUAUCAAACCAACAACAAAGUUCGUUAAAAGUUCAACAUCAAGAGUACAAAGAACAGUUAAGUCCGAGUACGAUAAAAAAUUCCAUAGACACGACAAGUAAAUCAAUCUUAAAAACAACUGAAAAACCAGCAUCAUUUGUAACAACACAGUACAAAGAACGUAGUACACCAGUUGUUACAAUGCCGACUCCCAAAUCAACUACUACUGAAGCUGCUAAAAAUGAGACCAAAAAACCAGACUUCAAAAAUAUCGCAGCGCUUCCGGAUGAAGUUCCUGAUGAAUUGAGGGAACAGUUACUUUCUUCAGGAAUUCUUGGUAACGCCGACAUUCAAAUAUUAGACUACGAUAAAGUGGGUGAUAUACCAAUUGAAAAUUUACCACCUGAAGCUUUAGAAAAUUUAUACGGUCAAGGCAGCGCUCCGGUACCAUCGGUUGUCCUACCUCCGAAUAAAUCCAAUGUUCAAAUGAAAGUCGUCAAGUACGACCCUUCGACUGAAGAAGGAAGGAAAAUCGAAAGUUCAUACAUUGACAGACCUAAGUCUCAAACUCUUGACCCGGUCGUCUUAAACGACACUGGAUAUAAUCGUUUUUUACCAUUGAACAUUAACGGUACUCAUUUUCCGAUACCAGACUCACCGUUGUUGAAAAACAAAUCCAUCGGAAGUGUAGUUAUAUUAUCACCAGUUGGCUACGAUUUAUCAGAUGACCAGUCUCGACCAUCUAGGAAUACCGCGGUUAAAGUGAAAGGAGUUCAUUUUGUUGUUGGCGAUAUUGUGAAAAAUCUUGUUAAAGACCCAAAUAGAGAAAAUUUCAAGACUUGGCUAGAGAAGGAAAAAAAUACACCUUCUGAUGAGCAGUCGGUCGUCCUAUUGGUCACUAAGCCAAAUGGUAAGGAAAACAGAAAGGAAAUUUACAUGUAUGACGUGACACACAAUCAGGUCAACAAAUUGUCGGGUGAAUUGAGUGCAACUUUCGUAGAUGUGGCCGAGUCAAACUCACAGAGUCACGAUUUGGAUAACCUAUCGUCCGAAGAGGAGGUGGAUGUAUCCGGAAAUAGCACUACCGAUAAUACUCCUGUCGUAUCCGGUUACAGUAAGAAGAACGACUUCUCGGGCUCAAUUGUUGCCAAUGCCAAUAAUUAGACUGAUCUGUUAAAUGUGUUAUUCUUAAAGUUUAAUUUAAACUUGCAAUUUUUUUAUUAAUAAUUUCCUAAACUAUAAAACAACAAAAAACACUACAAAUAAAUUCGUCUAAUUUGUUUAAUAAAUAUUUUUACUGAUGAAUUAUACAUUAGGUAAUUAUUAUAGAUUGCAUAAAAUAUUAUGGAUUAAAGUAGGUAUUUUUUACUACUUGUAUAAAUUUUAUAUUCCAAGUUAAAAAUGUAUUUAACAUGCUCCGAAUUCGAAAUAAGUGUACAUAAAAUAGUAUAUAAAAUAAAAUAAUAUUAUACUCUAAUAUAAUAAUAAAAAUAAAUUUUUUUUAUACAUAUAAAUUAUUGAUGAAUUAUAAUUAUUGGAAUGUUUUGUAUUAAUUGAUAAAUAAUCAGUACACUGUAAUUGUAUACACAUUAUAAAUCUAAGUAAUUUAAUUGUAUACUGUAGUAUACAGUACUCUAUAUGUGCUCUACAAAAAAAAAAAAAUACACAUUAAUAUAUAUUUGAAAAAUGUAACAGAUACCUAGGUUCUACGUAGGUACGUUUUUACUAGGUAUAGCGUAGAUAGUACAUACCUAUAAAUAAUGGUAUACUUGUAGAAAACUUAUUAUUCAAUGCUAACAAUGUAGUAAUUAACAUAUAAUAUAACAUAAUAUAAUAAUACGUGUAAUUAAUA